CCAAGUUGAUAAUCUAGACACUCUAGUGACUAGUUGUGGCUUGCUUAGGUACGUACAUUUUCCUCUCCAAGCCUCAAGCCUCCUCUAAGGUGUAGAUAUAUAACAGAAGGAAAAAAAAGCCAAACGACCUUGCACUGUGCAGGGUAUGUAUGUAGGAAUUCCAUCCGCCGUCCGGAUGCAAACAGAAACGGAAACAGAAACAGCAUUGGAAUUGGGAUGGGGGCUAAACAUUUUUUGGGCCUGUGGCUUGCUGGCUGGCUGGCUGACUGGCUGGCUGGAGGGCUGACAGGCCGGCCGACAACAGAGGCUGGCAACCGAGCAGAUUCCGUUUCCGGCCGGACACGACUGAGCGAUUGGGCGAUUUGGCGAUUCCCAUUCUCAUUCUUAUUCUCCGAGCUCAUCCGGGAACCCGGACAUACCAAAGGUGCGAAGUGCGGAAAUGAAGGGCAAAGUGUCGAAAAGCAGGUAAAGUGCGGAAAAGAACCCCUCUUUUUCGUCAGGUGGAGUCAGAUGGACUGGGAAAGUGCGGAUUUGGGGUUUAAGGGUCAGCCAGUCAGCAAGCAGCAGGCAGUGUUGGGCUUGAACUUGGACUUGAAGCGAGUGAGCGAGAGCUGUGCCACCACCACCUCCACCACCUCGACCACCAACACCACCACCUCCACGGUACUACCUUAUGGAAGGAGGAGGAGGAGUGCCCAUUGUCCAGCGGACGCGCGGCGAUAAAUCUUCAACUACCUAGGCUCUAAGUCCAGCCCGAACACAGCAGUCGCCACAGGCCCCCAGCAGUAGGCUCUCUCUCUCCCGCCCUCUCGAUGACUGUUUUUCGCCAUG